UCGAGUCGUUGAUAGUUCGCAAAGCAAGGUACCCCAACUCGGAGAAACCGACGCGUAGGUCAAACCUUGCCUCGGUUUAAUUCACAUAUGUAUUAUUUUUUUCCCCAGUUUUUUUUCUGGUAGAAUAUUACCAAACCUCGAUAUUAAAUUGUAUUCCGCGGCAUGUAGUUAGCGUGCUGUCUAACGUUACCGGCUUUGCGCCAGGAGUGAAGACCAAUCAAUCACCGGGUACCUUCGCUAGCUAGGUUGUGUGUACAGUGUGGUGUUGCUGAGGCAAGGGAAAAAACGCAGCGGUCACCGGUGACUGGAUCUUGUGGCGUGAGCACUAAUGCUGUCUAGCAAACACGGCGAAUCCCAGUCGCCGGUGUAAAACGCGGUGUGUAAAAUACAUCUUGCAGCCCUCGACCCAUAUUAUAAUAAUAGAUAGGUCGAUAGUGGGAGAAGCGCAAGGAUGUUGCAAGUGCUGGCUUGCGGCGUCGUAGUUUUUCCCGGACUCUUCUUCGUCUUUCGGAGGGUACUCCCGUCCAUUUUCAAACAGUGGACCGAUGCAGACGUUGUACUGGUCAGCGAGAGGCUGGUGUCCUCCAUCCACGCCAUCAUGGCCACCACGGCAGGAGUCAUCGUCGUGUUGGCAUGCAGCGGUGACGUCAUGACUGACAGGUACUGGCUGGCCACCUACUUUGUCAUCUGGUACGGCGUGCCCUACAUGACAUACGAUAUCUACGCCAUGUACCUCAGCCACUACUACCGCUUCCGGGUCAAGGGUCACGAGGAGUAUAAGGAGCACUCGUUGACCACGGUCAACUCGUUUGUCCGCCGUGAGUUCCUGCUGGUGCUCCACCACAUCGCGCUGCUCACCAUCCUGCUGCCCGUCACCCUGUUCUUCAGGAGGGACCAGGGCGAUUACUUCAUUGGCUGCCUGUUCCUCACAGAGCUCAGCACGCCCUUCGUCUCCUUAGGGAAGAUCCUCAUCCAGCUGGGUCUGCAGGACUGCUGGAUCCAUAAGGCCAAUGGGGGCAUGGUGUUGCUCAGCUUCUUCCUGUGUCGAAUCGCCCUCUUUCCCUACAUGUACUGGGUCUACGGCCGCCACUACGGCAUCCCUGUCUACGGCGUGCCGUUCCACCUGACACUGUCGGUCAACCUGGGCAGCCUGUGUAUCCUGGCGCCGCAGGUCUACUGGUUCGUGCUGCUCUGCCGCAAGGGCUGGCGGCUCUACCAACGCCAGUGUCACUCCUCCCCCCUGCCCCCACCUAGCCCCCCCUCCCUCACGGACAACCAACCCAAGGGAAACCAUUAGAGCUGGAGAGCUCACUCCGUCACCAUCGCGCUCUCUCUGUUCUUUCUCGGUUCUCUCUACUCUAUAUGCGCUCGAGUCACACAAAAAUGAACCACCAUCGACUACUACUUACUACUUCUACUGCAGAAGAACUUCGGCUACAUACCACAGUCUCCACAAAACUACUACCGUUACUACUAUGAUUCCACUAGUACUGCUACUGCUCCUCCUCCCCCUGAGCCCCCACCCCCAUGUUUCCCUUUUGCUUCGAUACUACUGAUCGCUCCAUGCCCAGUCCCAAGCUCUACUCAAUUUUUUUUGUGUGUGCUUGGAUUAGAGUGAUUGGACAGGGGUUAUAUUUGUAGUGCUACACUGGAGUUUCCCUAAAAGAUAUGAAGAAGACCGAGAAUGGAGGUCCUGGCUUUUUUCGGAGGGAGGGUGGGGGUGCUGAUACACUCCCCCGGCCCCUCCACUUCAUCUAUUACUUGCUCUGCUGAUUGAAGAUCAGUUAGUGUAGAUGAAUGUGUAUGUAGAAUUUGUUGAUUUAUUUUGUUUUGUCAAUGGGUUUUAUGUCAAGUCCUGAAGAUUCACAUUUUAUGAAGUGUUUGUCCACCCACCCAGUCCUCAUCUUGAAAAGACCGCCGGCGGGAGAGGAGGAGGAGCGGGAAAGGGGACUUGGCAUGGAGAUAGUAAUGGUGACAAGGCUGGGUGGUGGGUGGAGGGGUGGAAUGGGAUGGGGUGUUUACAAACUAAGAUAGGUACGGGUGUCACCUCAUCUACAUUUGAAGGAGAAAAUGAGAAAGAAAUGUUUGCACCAAGCUCUUUGCACCAGCAUAGCUACACAAAAACCCAUUAAUGUGAUUGGAUUGUGGAACUCCACCCUCCUUUAUCCACCUCAGCGCCUCCCCAUUGUCCCGUUUCCUCAUUCACAGUUCUCCAUGGCUGCCGCCGCUGGCCAAUCGGCGCGCUCGUCUUCCUCUUUUGUUGUUUACGGCCCAACAGGGUUCUGUGUGCUGCCCUGCUGCGUCUGUUUACAUGAAUUCUAUAAACCCACGCCCCUCAGUGUCACACAGGGUGGGGCAUCACAAGCUAGGAGCCUCUCUCUAUAUUAUGUGCUGUGUCCUCCCUACCUAACGGGGGUGGCUUAGCAAAAGCUUUGUCCGUAUGUUUACAUACACAAGACUUCUCUGGGAGCGCUGUAGCAGCAUUAGAAGGAAUGGGCUCGUUUAGUCCCGGGUUCGACUCCAUUGCAACAGCUGAAGCUGCUUUUAGUGGGUGGAGACAAGACUUUACGGUCACUCAACGUCAAGUUUGCGGGGUGGGAGCGGUGGGGUGAUUCUGUUAGGUCAAUGCUGCCCUGAGGCAACAGGGGGUCUGGGGGCCACAUGGGAGGGGCUUGUAUACCACUGGGCAUCCCUUUUAAGGUCACAUUGUGUUCUCCAGGGACCGGCCCAGUAGGUGCCAGUUGGUGCAAUAAAACAGACUGGGUUGAAAAUGGCGAGGACAAUUUAAAACCCCAUGUAGUAGAGAUUAACCUGAUGUUUAGAUUUAAAAAACAGUAAUGUUCCUAGCAUGAUGCUGGAGCAGGAUGAUUACACAGCUGCAUGCGGCCCUGCUCCAAAAUUAUACUCUAUUUUCAAACACAAGAUUGUCGAAUAGAAUAAGAAAGGCUUGAUGGUGGCGAUACACUCAUUUAAUGUAUUCUACUUUUACUCAUGAUUGCCUUUUCUGGGGAUUAAUUAUGAGUUUUCCCCUUAGAACAGGUCAGCAAGCAGGAAACAACCAUCGUUUUUUGUUUUUGUAACUGUCCAGUGAAAAUAUCACUUUUAAAAGUUCAUAUUCUGUUAACUCGUACCCAAAUGUUGACUCAUCCUAUAGUUGUAUUUGUGGCCAAAGCAUAAAUUGGAGGGGAAAAAAACACCUCAAAAUUGUAUCUAGAGCUGGGACGAUAAGCAGAAAAUUACCGACAUUACCUUCCCCUUACCGAAGCAUUUUGCAUACAUCAGGAAUUUUCUGUGAUUUUGCUAUACAAUGAUUCUGUAGUUUGUCCUAAAAUCAUUAUUUGGUCAACAGUAAUAGCCUAUGCAUUAUGUUGAUUCCUGCUUGUCCCUGUUUCGCUGUUGGCUGCUGACACCCACUGCACACGGCGAUGGAGAGAAGCACAAGCAUAUGGCCGUUGCUCAAAAUGCUAUUCCGUUUUCAAAGCAACUACUUUUGUUCUAGUUAGAGAGGAGACACAGCUUUCUGUGAGUAUAUCAUGUAUUUAUCACCUCAAUUGAGUUCAUGGAAACACUUUACAACCAGAAUAGUUGCUGUAGUUAGUAUGGUUUCGAUGCAGCGGAGAUGAGCAGAGCCCGCCAUUUGCAGUUAAUAUGCCUACAUCAUGUAGCCUAGGCCUAGCGGUGGAAAGGUUCUGUAGGACAUUCGCCUAUGUUUACUGAUAGCCAUGUAGGCUAAUUAUUUAUUCUAUAUAGCAACAAUAUCCUAUUUAGAGUUAGCAAUCUAGCUGUUUUGAGUUCCCACUUCCUCAGGUGGUGAAUAAUAUAGCCUUUAGGCCAAUCUGCACAAAGAUGUUGUCAAAAAUACACCUGCUAAUAUUGGAUCAUAUUUUAAUAGGUUACAAAUCAAGAGAUCUCAUUUCCUGGAUAUGUUAGAUGAAAUGGCUUACUUUUUGAGUCUGGCUGCCAAGUGUCACUUGGCACUGAAAAAUAAAUUAUCGAGAGCCCUGCCGCUAAUGUAAAGUAACUGUCCAUUUAAAAAUAAAAUGUUUUUAUCAUUGUAUUUGUUAUCGAGCAAUAUUGUUACAUUUAUUGCAAUACUACUUUUUGUCCAUAUCGCCCAGCUCUAGCACCCAAUUUUUAUUUCUAUAAUUUAGCGCAGAAUUAUCAUUGGAGCAUUUUUUGUGAUUUUUUUGUUGUUGUACAUUAUCAUGAUAUGGGUUUUUGUCCAUAUCGCCCAGCUCUACAGACAGUUAAAAAAAAAUGAUAGCUAUUUCCACAUAGAGGAUGAUGUCAUCCCGGCAGCCUACUCGCAUUAAUAUUUUUUGACUGGUCGACGCCCACACCAUUCGGCUGUUUGGGUACGCCCACACCAUUCGGCUGUUUGGGUACGCCCACACCAUUCCAAAACAGAAAAUAUGCUUUUUAACAUAAUUAAUUUUUUUGAGAGAACAAACAAUUCCAGUCAUUGUAAUUAAUUAUAGGUCAUAUUUCAUAGAAAUCUGGACACUGGCCAGUUACUUUAAAUGUGAUACAUCUUAUCAUAUUGUCCACAAACCAAUAAUACCUUGAAUACUUUCUCAGAGUUUUAUGUUGUCUUUUAACCUACUUGUCCGUAGCCUUCAAAUAUGAAGGCAAUAGUUCUGUAUAAAUUAAACACCGUUAACUUGUAGAUAAUUAUUACUAAUUUACUAGUAAAUUGAAGUGCUGGUUAUUUUAGCCAGAGUGCCCAUCCACGGCAUGUGUUUUAUAGUGGCAAGGAGGAACUGAGGCUUGUUGGCAUCAGUGCUGCUAGCAUGGAGCACCAAUCGCAUAGCUGUAAAUACAGGAUAAUAAUAACGAAAUAUGUUUGUUUUUAGAGAAUGCAUUACCAUAUGCACAUUUUUUUUCAUGAAAUACAACCUUGAUAAUGAGAAGCUUCUAUAGAUUCUGUUAGCACUUUGAAAAGUUUGAAGCCGUGAGAGGUACAUUAAUAUCACGUACACACACACUAUUUCUGCUGAAACUCAACACAUUCUUCCAGUUUUAACACCGACCAGACUUGAGGCUGCCCUUGGCAAUUGGAUACAUUUGAGAAUGGAGGGAAGUGUUUGUGUGAGGACCAAAACAACUUUGCUUCAAACCUACAAGCAAAUCAUCAUGUAUUUAAUCAACGUUAUCUGGUCUUAGAGGCUAUUUUAAUAAGUAUUGGGCCCCAGGAUGCACCUUUGCAUCAGUUUUGUCAACGUGGCCCUGUCCGCUGAAGUUCUGUCUGCAUGUUAGGUUGCAUUUUGGGGAUUCUGCUGUCCUCUGUAGGAGACUACUGCAUUGUGGGGACUGCUCUCUGUUGGUGACUGAUGCAUUGUGGGGACUCAUCUCUCUUCAGGAAACUGCGGCAUUGUAGGGAAUAGGGAAUCUGCUCUCCUCUCUAGCGGACGGUUGCAUUGUGGUGACAUUGCUGUACUCCGUAGACCCCUGCAUUGUGGGGACUCAGCCAUUUUGUGCUGAGAAACACUCCAGUCAGGGAAAGGACCAAACCAGGCCACUGUGCUUCCGGGGUGGCGCUGGAGCAAGAGCAGAGCAGGCAGAAGGCUGGGGAAGGGAGGAAGGGAAGCUGAGUACUGCUGCUUUUAAACAAUGGGCUUGUUUGUCUGGUUUGGCCCGGACCCCGAGACAGAGGCAAAGAGUCCAACUUUAUCAAUAUGCCCCGACUCGUGUCUUUUGUCUGUCUGUCUGACUGAUGCGACCACAGAUCUCCAUACAGAAACAUCCCAGGCCUUCUAAUUGUGCGCUCUCACUCUCUUGUCCUCCCUAUUUCUCUCUCUCCCUUCCUGUCUCCAUCUUUCUCACUCACUCCUCAUACCCUUACUUUACGUUUACCAGCAUUGGGGAACAUCCAGCGUAUGCGCCACGUCUAUUUCUAUGGGCACAAGCACUGUUCAUGACAAACUGUUCACACUUCUCUUGUUGGUGGAGAGAAUGCAAUUCUGCCCCC